AUGACUACAACUGAUGGUUCGUUUGUGAGUUGUGGUGUGGUGAUGUGGUGUAUAUUUCUAUCUGUGAUUGUACCAAUAUAUGCUCAAAUUAUUCCGGAACCUACUAGACCUAUUGACUUAUGGAAUCCGUUUGGACCAACAUCAACACCUCGACCGAAGAACCAGGGUCUCAUGAAAAAUGAAGUGGCUGUGCGAUUGUCCAUUGGCGAUUUGAUUGGCAAGAAAUUAUUGCUGGAGAACUUGCCCUGGACUCCAAACCAAGACCCGUCGGAGCAGCUGCCUCCUCAACGUUCUCAUUUUGAACCGAGUCCAUUGCCACGACGUAAUAAUAUUACAAUAUUUACAUUCCUCGGUGUACCGUAUGCAGAACCUCCUGUUGGUCAACGUCGUUUGAAACCACCACAACUUAUUCGUGAGUUGCCAACGAAGCCGUAUUUGGCGUUUCAAUUUGGCGCCGCAUGUGCACAAGAUGUGGAAUAUCGUCCGCAAAUUUUUGUCAACGAUCCCUAUCCGUUCGUUGUAAAUGAGGAUUGUCUUUACUUGAACAUAUUUUCUCCAGACAUAUCAAAAGUAUCUGGUAUGUCCUAUCCAGUUGCGGUAUUCUUUCACGGUGGUAAUUUUCAAACUGGGUCGGCCAACGAAUGGCCCGCUCAUGGAUUGUCGUCUCGUGGUAUGGUUGUGGUCACAGUGAAUUAUCGCCUUGGUGCAUUAGGAUUCAUGAGCCUUGGUGAUUCGCAAUCUGGAAAUUAUGGUCUAAUGGAUCAGCGGCUUGCACUGCAAUGGAUUCGUGACCAUAUCGCAGCGUUUGGAGGAGAUCCCCAGGCGGUGAUCCUUGAAGAUCGGCUUCUUGGUGAAUUCAACGACUUCAACAACGUUGAUCAGGAGUAUUUCCGAAGUUACGCCUUGGAAUAUGCGUUCCGUCACAACUACAGUAUGAAUCGUGAAGCGAUUGUGGAGGCGAUCAUUGAUCGGUACACAUUCUGGCCCGAUCCUGCCGAUGAAUGGGCCGUACGUAACUCAUUCAUCCACUUUGCUACCGAUGCCUACUAUACAGCCCCUAUAAGUCUCUCUGCUCAUCUUCACUCGGCAGCGGGUUCGCGUACAUUUAUGUAUGUGAACAACUACAAUUUCUCAAAGACUGGUUUUAUACCAGGAUGGAUGGGAAUCCAAACUUUCUUUAUGACGGGUCAUGGGCAGCUCUUGAACCUCGGCGUCACUGGUAUAUGA